AUGCCAGCUCCUCCCGAACCAGUCAAAGUAAUUCAACCAACACUUGGAACAGAAGUUCAAAGUCAAUAUACAAAAACAGAUGAAAUCAUUGAAGUAAAUGCCGAAAUUUAUCAUCAAAUGAACCAACAACUUGCAACAGAAAACAUGAUUAUCCGAGAUAAAAGUGUUUUUAAUGGUGUUGGUAGACAAAGAUACAAAUCUCAACUUACUUAUCUUUCCGCAAUAGAUAUUGCUUCCCGAGGAGAGGCUGAAGCAAUGGCAAAGCAUAUUACACGCGCCAGAGUUAAUUCUAGGCAAAUGUAUGGUUGGUAA